AUGAACCCGGAAAUUAACAACAACACGGCGAAUGGUUUGCCGAUGAAGCUCCGGAAGGUCUCGCAAGUGUCCCUAUCCAGUGUUUCGGAUUGCCAGUCGGAUUCGAGCGAGGAAAGUUCGAAAUUAGAGAGGAAAACAUCCCUGCAAGAUAUGGGGAAGAAAGUCGAAGAUAAACGAGCAUUGUACAAACUCAAAGGACGAUCGAUGUCCGACGGUGAAGCCAGGAAGUUGAAAGACGACGAUGCGAAUUUCGAGGUUUUUCCCAGCUUGCCCAAUUCGGUAUUGGAGAAGUUGGGUCUCAGAGGCGAUGGACCCAGGGAACGUAUGAGCGAGGAGGAACUGGAGCAGAAAUUCACCAGCCUAGCGCUGGCCUUCAGCAUAGACGCGGCCACCAUCAAAGACAGAUGCCAGCGCCAGAAGCGGUCCCGCGACCAAACCGAGGCGAAUCUCGGCGCCGAAAUGGAGAAGCUGCGCGAGAGGCUGACGUUGAUGCAGCCCCUCUGCACCGACUACGAAAAGGCCGAGCUGUUCUCCACCAUAGUCACGCAGUUAGAUACCAUCAUGAACGCGGUGUCCAUGGUGUCGAUGACGGCCGAACGGUUCGGGUCCGUGCAGCACGAAGAAAGACUGACGGAAUCGGUGGGGUUGAUGGUCAGCCACGUGCAGAUGUUGAAGCAGCAAAGGGACGCUUCCAGGAGGCAAUUGCAAUACACCAAGAGGGUGCUGCAGAACUCCGCCAAUUCGCCGGUGAGCCCGACUAAAAGCGGAGGGAUAUUGCCUCCGGUCGCUAACAGGAAAAUCAUCAGCCAAAGGAGGGCGAGUAUAUCGACGUUUAACGAACAACCUAGCGAGAAUCAAACGUUUGUGGAGAAUAAGAAGAUCAUCAGGAGGACGUCGGAUUUGUCGUUGAGGAACGCCGCUUCUAAUAAUAGAUUGAACAGACCCAUCAGAUUAGAUUUAGGCGGUGAUUUAGUGGAAAUUAAGGAAGGUUGCAUGGAAAUGGAAUUACUACAUGAAACUGAUAUUAUAUCUGAUACAGAAACCGAAGCGGUUUGUCCUGCGGUAGCCCCUCAACCUGAGGAAGACGCGGCAAAAGAAAUUGAUAUAUCGAAGUUGCCACUAAAGGAGAGAUUUCUGCUGAAAUUCGAAUUAAUAAAGAAGAACGUGGAGGAUAAAUACGAGAAUUUGACGGGAAACGGCACGUUACAUGACGUGUAUAGUUUUUGUGCUCUAUUUUGCUUUUCAUUGAGCCUCAUCAUGCUAGUGAACAUUUAUAUUGAAUACGAAUACGCCAAAUGGGGCAUCCAGCCCUCGUAA